ACACGCAUCUAAGAGAGGUGUAAUUACUUUUACAGUACUCUCAGUAAAUUUCGGAACACACCCAUUGAUGAAGCUUGCGGUGUUCCGUGUUGAGAAGCACCCGGUAGAUAGCCACAAAUGCGCCAAGUACUUGAUUAAAGAUGGCAGCGAGCAUCAGUGGUGUUUUUAGUGAGAGUCUGCAAAAUGCAAUUCUCCAGUGUAAAGUUCUUAUUGUGGGCGCAGGAGGAAUUGGAUGUGAAAUUCUUAAGAAUCUUGUAAUGACUGGAUUCAACGACAUUGAAAUUAUUGAUUUAGAUACAAUUGAUGUGAGUAACUUGAACAGGCAAUUUCUAUUUCACAAACAACAUGUGGGAAAGUCAAAAGCUGCUGUAGCAAAGGAAACUGCAUUAACCUUUAAUCCUGAUGUAAAGAUAGUACAUUAUCAUGACAGUAUCACAUCGUCGGACUAUGGAUUGUCAUUUUUCAAAAAGUUCACAUUGGUAAUGAAUGCUCUAGACAAUCGUGCUGCUAGAAAUCAUGUAAAUCGCAUGUGCCUAGCUGCAGAUGUACCUUUGAUAGAGUCUGGAACAGCUGGAUACGAAGGACAAGUAGAAUUGAUCAAGAAGGGUCUUAGUCAAUGUUAUGAAUGUACUCCGAAAGCAGCACAGAAAACAUUUCCAGGUUGCACGAUUCGCAAUACACCUAGCGAACCUAUACAUUGUAUUGUCUGGGCAAAACAUUUAUUCAAUCAGUUGUUUGGUGAAGAUGAUCCAGAUCAAGAUGUUUCUCCAGAUACAGCAGAUCCCGAGGCUGCAGGUAAACAAAGAGUCCUAUUUCAAAAAUGGGAUUUCAACGUCUUCGGAGUCUUUAACGAAAUACUUUUUUUUUUACCAGAUACUGCUGCAGAAGGUGCAUUACAAAAUGAAUCAAAUGACAAAGGAAAUGUCGAUCGUGUUUCGACUCGUGGUUGGGCAGAAAAUUGUGACUAUGAUGCAGAGAAAUUAUUUACAAAACUUUUUCACGAUGAUAUUAAGUAUUUGCUUAGUAUGGAUAACCUGUGGAAAAAACGAAGACCUCCAACACCCUUAGAUUGGUCUUAUCUUCCGGAUGGAGUUGCUGGUUGCAGCAAAGAUACAAUGGAGUCUGGACUGAAAGAUCAGCAACAGUGGAGUAUAGCGAAAUGCGGGAGUGUUUUCAAAGAAGCUGUUGCCAACUUAAGUAAAGCUUUAAAGACUUGUCAGGAAACUUCACCAGGUGACCAUUUAGUUUGGGAUAAGGACGAUCAAAAUGCAAUGGACUUCGUCGCCGCGUGUGCAAACAUUCGCGCGCAUAUAUUUGGUAUUCCACAAAAGACAAGAUUCGACAUAAAAUCAAUGGCUGGCAACAUCAUUCCUGCGAUAGCAACAACAAAUGCAAUAAUUGCUGGUGUCGUGGUUCUCCAUGCAUUCCGAAUAUUGGAACAUAAUUUGAAAGCGUGCAGAUCAGUUUACCUACGAUUAAAAAUGAAUCAUCGUAAUCAAUUAUUAGUGCCUGAAAAAUUUGUGAAUCCUCCAAAUCCAAAGUGCUACGUGUGUGCACCUACACCGCAAGCAGUUCUCGCAGCGGACACGACAAAAAUGACAAUUAAAGAACUGGACGAAACUGUAUUAAAAGCCCGACUAAAUAUGAUAGCACCAGAUGUCAUGAUCGACGGUAAGGGGAUUGUCGUAAUCAGCAGUGAAGAGGGUGAAACGGAAGGAAACAAUGAGAAGACUUUGGAACAAGUUGGUAUACGAGAUGGAACUGUUCUGAAGGUUGAUGACUUCCAUCAAAAUUACUCUCUGACUGUGACAGUAUUGCAAAGAGAACAACCAUCCGUCAAAGACGAAAGUCCUGACUUCUUGAUCGUUGCCGAUGACGAAGAUCUGAAGCCCAAAGAAGAUAUCACCAUUUCUGAAAAACCGUCAACUUCCAACGGAAAGGUUGAGAAGGUCGAGGAUGACGAUGAUAUUGAUAUUGUGGAAACAGAAAUCAGUCCAAGUACUUCAGAGGCAGAUGUCCCCAAGAAACGAAAGACAGAAUCACCUACGAAUAAUACGAUUAACAAGAAGCGUAAAGUCGAAACAAAUAAUCAACACGAUGAUGAUGUUUGCAUUAUCGAGGAUGACAGGGAAGUGGAAAAGGUGGCAUUGUCGGUAUUACCAGCCAUUGAAGAAAAAAUAUUGACACCAAGAAAGUACAAAUCCUUGCCCGACGAUGAUUGCUCGAUCGUUUACGAUGGAAAUGAGGAUCAAUCUACGGCAUCAUCUCCGAAACGAAGCAAACAGCUAGCGAAGUAAUGAAAUUUUUCUAUGACCAUUGCUCUACUAGCAAACAUGUUUCAGUCUACCGACUGCAUAACCUUCUGUGGCAUUUUCACCGUGGAAAAAGUAUGAAAGAGAAGAGAUUGCGGUACAUAAAAUAAAAACACGCAAAAUGAAGUAAAAGUGUAAGAGAGAAAAUAUCGCGGUGUCCUAAAUAGAUGUUGCGAGGUAAACAGUUAGAUCUAUUUUGUAAUCUCAUUCUAUGAGACAGUCGAAGUUUUCUUCAUAUUCCUUUUUUAUUGGAAAUCAAUGGUUACGAAACAAGAAGUGUAUAAAAACACUUUACAAACGAAGAUUCCGUUGCCGCUUCGUGCAUAGAUUACUUAGAAGACUGUAGACAUGAAAAAUAAAUACUUUGGUUUUUAUAGAAA